AUGAAGCUAACGGACAUCAAAAAGUUAAAAGUGGCCGAGCUGCGGAUCAGACUCACAGAACUGGGGCUGGACAGCAGAGGACUAAAGGCUCAGCUGGUGGACAGGCUAAUGAAGCUAACGGACAUCAAAAAGUUAAAAGUGGCCGAGCUGCGGAUCAGACUCACAGAACUGGGGCUGGACAGCAGAGGACUAAAGGCUCAGCUGGUGGACAGGCUGUGGUCCAUAUCACAGCCAGGGCAGCAGGAGGAAGAGGCCAAACUAAACAACGACAGCUCGCCGGAACCGCCGGAGCCAGCGGACAUCCCUGCUCCGUCCUCGUCGCCGCCGACAGAAGCUGGUGUUACUGCGCCGCAUAAAGUAGACCGUGGCAGAGGGUGCACGGACGCGGGCACGCAGACGGAGCCGGACCCCGGUCAGCCUGCUCCACAGCCGGAACCCGAGUGUGUUCCUGGGCGUGAGGCGGCAUGUCAAGCCGGGACAGGAGGGCCUGGAGAGGACAGAAGUGCUGAUCUGUCAGAGGACACGAGGAGAGGAAGGGCUUUCUACGAGUUCAAAGAGGAGAUCAAAUACAAAAGAGCCAAAUCACCAGGUCCUCCACAGGAGAGUUGUGAGGCAGAGGAUCAUGACGAAGAUAAAGUCAGAUUAGAUCCAUAUGGCUGCCACCUCCACUUUCAGGUGGGUCCAGAUGGAUCCUGCGGGCAGCCUCGGUUCUGGGAUCGGUUCCCUCUGCUGUGGGCGGGCUGUCGGCUCACUCAUGGGGUGCUGCAGGGCAGGGUGGGCUUUGAGGUCAGACUGGAGAGGAAGUUGCUGAGUGAACAACCAGAAGACCAGGAGGUCAGGCAGCUGUACGGUUUGAGAGUCGGCUGGUCUGUGGCCGAUGCCUCUCUGCUGCUGGGUGAGGAUGAACUGUCUUUUGCUUAUGAUGGAUGUGGUAAAAAGGUCUCGGGUGGAGCUGAAGAUGUCUUUGGGGAGCCUUUCUCUGAGGGGGACAUCAUCGGCUGUUACGCUUCCUUCUCUCCAGACGGGGAAGCUGAGCUCUCUUUCCAUAAGAACGGCCGUUCCAUGGGUGCAGCCUUUUCCCUGAGGUCCUCUGUGCUGCUGGGUCGUGCUCUGUUCCCUCACGUCCUCUGCAGGAGCUGUUCGGUCCGGCUGAUUCUGGACCCAAAUGCCCCCCCGUGGCACCCCAGCCCCCCUGGGUUCACGCCACUGGCAGCUGUCCCUGCUGGACAGACUGUUCGCUCCCCGUCAGGUCCUACCCCCAGAGCACAGAGGGAGGUAGUAAUGAUGGUGGGUCUUCCUGGUUCUGGAAAGACGCUCUGGGCUCGUACUCACAUGAAACAGCACUCGGAGAGACGGUACAGCCUGCUGGGAACUGAGGAGCUGCUGGCAUGUAUGAUUAGUGGUGGUCAGAGGGACCACCAGCUCCAGCAGGCCUCUCAGUGUCUGACCGAUCUGAUAAAAAUAGCUGCCCAGACUCCAGGGAACUACAUCCUUGAUCAGUGUAACGUGCUCUUCUCCGCCCGCCGUCACAAACUGCAGCUGUUUGCGGGCUUCAGGCGCCGGGUGGUGGUGGUCUUCCCCUCGGCAGAUGAGUGGAAAAGGCGACUAUCGCAGCACCGGAAGAACGACGAGGAGCACGUCCCAGAGACCGCCCUGCUCAAACUCCAAGUCAGCUGCAGCCUGCCGGAACCUCAGUCCGACCUGCUGGAGGAGUUGCUGUUUGUCGAGCUGCCAGCGGAACGGGCCGAAGCUCUGCUGGAGGAGUACAAAGAAGCAGCUCGCAGACUGCUCCCCCCCGUCCCCAAACCAGAGAAGAAGAAACCCAGACCGUACAGGAAAAGACCCCACCCUCACGGCCCUCCGCUCUCACAUCGCGUCCCGUGGACGGGGCUUCGCGUGCUUGCUAACACGGGUGUGUCGUUGCAGGAUGGAACAUGCACACGUGGAACCAUCAGCAGAGCUGAAGUCCAGCUCCGUCCGGACGGCAGCAUUACUCAUCAGUUAACCAGGAGACUGAACUCUGGCCACACCAGCACGGCGCGGAAACCCGCUUCAGCCAACAGAAGAUCACCACUCACCGUCUUUUAA